UGAGUAGUAAAUAAAAAAGUCGUAGUCUGUGAUCUUAAGUCCUGUGGAUUUUCCGUAAAAAUAAAUCUAUUGAAUUUUGUUGAUGAUGAACUAGGUUUCAAGUUAAAAAAUGUUGUUGAAAGUUCUUAAUUUCUGAUAAAUAUAUGUCAAUUUAUUUAACAUUCAAUAUUGAUAAAGGAAUACUUAUAAAGUAUAUGUAAUCUUAGCAAAUAAAUGUGUAACUUUAAUUAAUUGGAAUACUAGCCAGCAACAAUGUUCAAGAAGUUCAAAGAUAAAUUGGCUGAGGAAGUUAAGUCAUCACCCCAAAGGAUCCAACAGUUUGCACAAGCUGCUCAGGCAGCAGUAACUUCAGCUUCAAGCAGCAUAUCAGACAUAACAAAUAAUGACUUAUUUUCUAUUGGUGACAAUGACGCAUCUAGCAAGAGUCGGAAUUCAAGUAGCCAACAAAGUAACUUACAAGAAGUGUCUCUUUUACAACCAGGAAUGACAGAAGCAAAUGUUGAGCCAAUGGAUUAUCAAAUGACUCAAGAGAUGACCCAAGAAAGCCAAAGACAAAGAAGAUUGUCUAACAGUUCAUUGGCUAGUGACAUAUCUUUUCGACUACCAAGCUAUGAAAGUCCUUCUAUGUACCAUUUGCAGUCUGACAUGGAGGUAUCAGCAAGUGAAGCUGAGGAUAGAGGAUUACCUGGUGGGACAGUUAAUCUUGAUCGUGUGACAAAGGAGCAAAUCUAUUCAGCAUAUCGUCGUACACAAGAUCGAUGUACUAAAUACAAAACACAGUAUGCAGAUCUCGCUCGUCAUUAUAAACUACUUGAAAGGGAAAAUGCAAAAGCUAGGAAUGUUCUUGUGGAGACACAAGACAAGGCUCUAAGGAGAAUAUCUGAGUUGCGGGAACAAUGUUCAUUAGAACAAAGUGCGAAAGCCCAUCUUGAGAAAGCCCUUCGGAUGGAUAUUGAAGAAAAAAAUAUGAAAAUUGAAACUCUUAACACAAAACUAAGACUUCUACAGAGUAAUGAUAUAACUGAGAGCAGUCAUUUAUUACAUACAGGUAGCAAUAACAAGCCAGCUUCGGUGGGAAAUGAAAAUGAUUGCCCUUUAAUAACGCUGGCCACUGACAAUGAAUGUUCGGAAAAAAUACCAAAUGAAGAUUCUAUGUCAUCAGAAAUAACAGUUUUAAACAAUAAAGUAGAAAAAAUGGAACAAUUACUUAACAAAUAUAAAGAAUCACUCAAAACAACCAAAGAAAAGAAUGCUCAGCUAGCUGCAGAGUUACAAAAAAAUUCAAGUGAACUGGAUGUUAAAGUUAAAGAAAACGAUCAAUUGAAAGCUACAACUCUAUCUUUAUUAGAAGCCAGAAAAAAAAUUGAAGAACUUAACGAAAGUAUCGAAGAGUUGCAAAAUAAAUAUAAUGCCCUCGAAUUUAUGAAAAACAAAGAAAUGUCAAUCUUGGAGUUAAACCUGCAAAAUUCACAAGAAGAAAUUCUACAAUUGCAUAAAAAAAUUGAAGUCCUGAGUAAAAGAGAGGAAGAAAAUGCUAUAUCAUUGGCUGAAAAUAAACUUAGCAUUCAUAAGGAAUUAGAAGGAAAAGAAAACGAAAUUAAAUCAUUAAAAGAAAGUUUAAAUAAUAGUCAAAAUGAGAUUCAAUCUCUUAAUAUAGUUAUAAACGAUUACAAAAACAAAAUAAAUCAAUUAGAAGAAGAGCAUUCCAAAUUAAAAAAUGACAUAAGCGAACUAAAUUCUGAUAAAGCUAAAGUCGUUGAAGUAAAAACUGAAUUAGAAACUUUUGCAAAAAAUUGUCAACAUCUUGAAAGUUUGAUUAAUAAGUCUGAAGAGGAGUAUAAAUGUCUGGAAUUACAAAUGACGCAAGAAAAUGCAGAAAAACUUGCUAUUAUUGAUAGAAAUGUUUAUCUAGAAAAUAGGAAUGCACAGUUACUAGAAGAAAAUACAAAAAAAAAUGCACAAAUUAGCCAAUAUGAAAAUGAAUUGCACUCACUUAAAAGUAAUAUAGAAAGUUUAAAUAAACCCGACAAACAGGACGAAAUAAAAAAAUAUGUUGAAGAAGUAAACGAAUGGAAAGUAAAAUGUAGUAAACUAGAGUCAGAAAUACAAGAUGAAAGAGAAGAACUAGUAAAAUUACAGUCUGAAAUUGAAAAACUUUUAGCAAACCAUGAAUUAGUUAGGCACUGUAAUGAGAGCUUAAAUAUAACUGUUAACCAAUUGAAAUGUGAAAUUGAUAUUUUGAAAAACAAAGUAAAAGAAACUAAACAACUAAAAUUAAGUUGUGAAGACAUGAAAAACAAAAUAGUUGCUUUACGAAAUACAAUUACCAUAAUAUUAAGAGAAUCUAAAACUUUAAAACAAUUUGUAAACAGUUCCAUUAACAACCUAAAAGAGAAAAUUAUAUCUGAUGAUUUUCAAAGAUGUAAUAAAGCAUUACAAAACGAUCUUGAAAAAAUAUCUGAACAGUGUAAUAUGGUAAAAGCAGAGUUAAUUGAAAAAGAAAAUGAAAAUAAAGCAUUGAAAUUAAACAUUAAACAUCUUGAGUCAGAUAAUACUUUAUAUUCUGGAGAAAUUAAGAAUUUAAUCGAGGAAUCAGAAAAAAUUCAAAAAAUCAUGCAUUCUUGUAAUGAAGAAAACUUUUUAUUGAGUGAAAAAAAUAACUUAUUAUUCAAGGAAAAUGAAAACCUACGUAUUAUAGAGAAGUCGUUAACAGAUGAAAAACAUAAGUUAAUGGAAGAUAAUAGCAAAGUGUCUGAUAUGUAUAAAGAAAUGCUUAAUAGUUUUGAAGUUCUAAGUAAAGAGCAUGACGAUAUCAAAGAAGCUAAUAUAAAAAAAUCUGAUCACAUUAAAUAUUUAGAAAAAUGUAUCGAUGAACUUAAAGAAGAAAACACGUCCUUAAAGAAUUUAUCUGAUACAAUUUCGAAGAGUGUUGUUGACAUAGAAUUAAAGUUAAAAGAAGUUCAAAACUCAAAUUCACAAAUUGAAACGGAAAAGGAUCAUUUAAUGACAGUAAUAGAUAAGCUUGAAAAGAACGCCGCAGAAAGUAAACAAUUAAAUGGGAAAACCACACAGACGGAUUUAGUCGGCAGUAAUAUUAACGAUGAGCUUAUGGAAAGCAAGAAAAGUAUACAAGCAUUACAACAAGAGAUGCAUUUGUUGAAUGAAUUGAAUACGACACUGUCAACUCAAAAUGAAAACAAUUUAUUAACCGUUUAUAGGACUGAAGAAAUAUUAAAACAACGCGAUUGUGCAUUUGAAACACUUAAAGACGACAAUCGACGUUUGCAGUCGGACAUUGAAGGUCUUCAAACUCAUAUAACUAAGGUGUCUAAGGAAAAUAGUCAUUUAAAUGAUAAAUUACGUGAGUUAAUUGUUUCGACCGAAAAUAUUCCUGAAAAAGGUGAAAUAUUAUCAAAUGACUUAGAAGUUUUAAAAAAUGAACUUGAGAUUAGCAAAGACAAGAUAGAAAGUUUAAUUAGAGAGAAUUCUUUCCUUGCUGAGGAAAACUUGGAGCUUAAAGAUCAAAUACAAUCACAUAGUUAUUCUCAAUCCACUGCUAUAGGUAGUCCUAAUGUUGAUAACUUAAUGGAUAAAUAUAAUACUUUAUUAGACGCAAAAAACAAAUUAGAAAAGAAAUUAAGUGACUCAGAACAGAUGAAUCAAUCAAUAAAUGGAAAUAUGCAACAAAUGCAAGUAAAUAACGAUAAAUUAAAACUUUCCAAUGAAAAAUUGGGGUUAAGAUUAGAUGAAGCACUUGUUAGCUUAAGACAUUUGCAUGCUCUACAAGAGAAUACUGAAUUGGAAUACUUAAAAAAUAUUCUUUACGAGUACUUGACUGGUAACGGAGUACAUUCCAUAACUCUUGCUAAAGUAUUAGCAGCUGUAGUUAAAUUUGAUGAUAGGCAAACAGAGCUGGUACUACAGAAGGAGAAAGAAAGACAAGGAUUUUUGCGUCAAUUAGGUAUAAUUUGAAGAAUUAAAUGAAGCUGAGAAAUUUGAAUUUUAUAAUCUUAUUUAUUUUUAUAUUAACGUUAAUUUCAUAUGUACAAUGACUGACUUGAUGACUUUCGCAGUUGAAUCGAAAUACGACUGGUUUUCAGUCUUGCUGUUUAAUUUCGACUAGAUUUGUUAGUUUUGUAUGUAAUGAAUUAAUAGCAUAGUUUGUUGAAACAUAAUUUAAGGUGUUUGUCAAGUAUAAUUGCAAUAAUGUUGCCAUUUUGUACAUUUUGUUCUGUUAAGCACUAUAUAGACUAUAACUGAUAACAAAUAUAUGUAUAAAGUUAGUUUUAAUAAAAAGAUUUACAUGAAGUUGUUAAUACAAAAUAAAUGUGUAUUUUAAUUUAUAAUGUUAUCAGAACUAUAUUUCGCUCCUUCUACUAGAAUACUAAUACAAGUUUUCACUAAACAUAGGCAUCGCCUUAAACAAAUGCCUAUUGAU